ACAAAAUUCGAGCGCAGAAUCAACUUGUCAAAGUAGUCAAACAAGUCCCAAACAAUUCUGUUGCGAAAUUCCGACUUUUUUUCUCGUUAAACGUUAAAAUUCCAUCAUUUCGAAAUUUUUUACGCAGCAAAAUGUCGGAGCCACAAAAAUCUGAUGCGCAAAAAGCUGUUGCCGAAAAUGCUGAAAAAACUUCCGAGACAAAGGAUUCCGCGGAAGUUGCCGGCAAUGAGAGCAAGGACCGCGCUUUGGACGAAAGUACCGCGGAAAACGACACAACUCUCGACGAAUCUUGCGUUUAUAUGACGGAUUUGGCGAAGGAGCAUGAGGAGAACGAGAUGGAAGCGAUGGUUGUUCUCGGGGGAAGUGACGAGAAUAAUUGUACUUAUUCAAAAGGCUACAUCAAGCGUCAAGCGCUCUACAGUUGCCUCACAUGCGUCAAAGAUUCCAAAGAGGACCCGGAAAAACGCGCCGGAAUGUGUCUCGCUUGCUCUCUCGCCUGCCACGAAGGUCACGAUCUCGUCGAAUUGUACACAAAACGGAAUUUCCGCUGCGAUUGUGGCGGCGCCAAGAUGAAAGCCGUGCGUUGCAUGUUGGAACCCAUCAAAUUCGGCAUCAACGAGGACAACAAAUACAACCAAAACUUCAGCGGCGUUUAUUGCACGUGCAAGAGACCGUAUCCAGACCCGGAGGACAAUGUCGUGGACGAGAUGAUCCAGUGUGUGGUUUGUGAAGAUUGGUAUCACGGACGACAUCUCAACACGCCCGUCAUCAAAGACUUCAACGAAAUGAUUUGCGGCGGAUGUGUCGACGAGCAUUCCUUCCUCAAAAGCUAUUUGGAGUACUCGAUGUCCUACAAACCUGAAAAAACCGAAGAAAAUGUCGAAAUUGAAGAAAACGAAGGGAAACGUCCUUCUGAUGAAACUGAAACCACGGAUGCGAAACGUCUCAAACUCGAUUCCGAGGCAUGUCAACGUCCCGCGUCGAAAGAUUACCCGCCAAAUGCCGCCAUUUUUUGGGCUGACGCUUGGCGCGAAAAACUUUGCAAGUGCGAAAAAUGCUUGGAGCUGUACAAAACGGAAAAAGUCGAAUUUUUAAUCGAUCCGGAGGAUCCCGUGCAAAAAUACGAGGAAAUUGGCAUCCAGAGAAAUCGCGGAUCGACGUCGGAAGAAAGGGAAAUUGAGGCGUUGUCGCAUCUAGGACGCACGCAGCAAGUUGAAAUGAUUACGGGAUAUAAUUUGUUCAAAGAUCGUCUCAAGGAGUUUUUGGCAACGUUUGCCGUGAACAAGAAAACCGUAACAGAGCAAGACAUAAAGGGGUUCUUUGAGAAAAUGAAGAGCGAGAAGGCGGAACAACAACAAGGCAUGUCGUAUUUUUGUCGUUAAAAGUAUUUAUUUUUGGAAUUGACAGGAAAUUUUUUGAUUACUUUUUGAAUAAAAAAUUUUUUUGUAUGUAA